AUGAAGUGGCUCUCCAAAUUCAGCUUAUUACCCGUAUUGCUCUUCACCUGUACAUCCCUGGGGUUCCAACGCUCAGCACCUGAUGUCGGUCCGUUGUCUACCAAUUAUACACUUCAAGCGGGAAUCUUCAAUCUCACCAAGACUCAAGAAGCCUCGAGGUACCGGGUGAAUAGCUUCUGGACUAUCUUUUUCCUCCAGGGAAGCAAUAAACACGACUACUUUUUGGUUGCGCAUUUCUUCACCAAUGGCGUCGCUUCUCCACCGACCUCGUCCUUGCGCGUCUCUCUUUUGGAUAUCACGGAUAAAUACUAUUUCGGUGCCACUUACAGCACGCCCAACGCCACGUAUAACGCAGAAGCCUUCAGGUUCCACGACGACAAGUUCGAGAGCUACUCGACUUCGCCCGAUCUAUUCUCAACUCAGGUCGUGAAAAGUAACGUCAAAGGCGCCGAGUUUCACCUCGAAAGCGCUGCGCGAGGCCCAAACCUCUACGGGAGUGGCAAUGGCCUCUUCUUCUGGGGCACAGACUGGACGUAUGAGCUUGCGUAUCCCGAGCAAUGGGUAACGGGUAAUCUGACAUACAAGGGCGAGGUCAUCGACAUUGUUUCUGAAAAAUCAAUGUCCUGGCUGGACCGACAAUAUGGCCCUGGUCUGGGGGAAGCCGGCUGGUACCUCUGGAUUUUGUAUCUGGACAACGGUGCCAAGAUGACCAUUUGGCAUAGUGAGUCGGUCAAGGGCGGCCCGGUACAGUACUUUACGACGGUCCUGUUUCCAGAUGGACACCAUGAAGUGUAUCCCAUUGACGGCGAGCUACGUCUCGAGCAGCCUUUUAUCUCUGCGCAGACGGGACUUACCUAUUAUGCACUCAGCUACGUCAGGAUUCCCGGGCUUGACGCUGUUUUGCGGUUUCAUCAGCCAGUCGCUGCUGGGGAGAUGGCGCAGGAACAUCAACCGGCUGCAGCCACGACACUUUAUGAAGGCUAUGUUGACGUGCAGGGAACGUUUCAGGGACAGAACAUUUGCGGAUGGGGAGUUGCUGAACGCAAGCACCCGAUUAUAUAG